ACAAGAGAGUUCAUGAUGUCAAGAUACAGGGAAGUUGCUGAAAUUGUUCUAAGAUAUCUGGAGCACCGAGGUCGCCUAGUUCGCCUCAGCAUAACUUAUCUACUUCCUCGAAUUGCCCAUUUCCUGCGUGAUCAAUUUGUGACUAAUUAUUUAAUGAUAUGCAUGAAUCAUAUACUUCAUGUCCUUAAAAUACACGCAGAAUGUUCCAGUGGGUUCAUCGCUCUUGGGGAGAUGGCUGGUGCUCUCGAUGGUGAACUCAUCAACUAUUUGUCGACAAUAUCCUCUCACUUGCGUGAUGCGAUUGCUCCCCGUAGAGGCAGGCCCUCACUUGAGGCGCUAGCAUGUGUUGGAAAUAUUGCUAUAGCAAUGGGACCAACCAUGGAGCCUCAUGUUCGUGGUCUCUUAGAUUCUAUGUUUUCUUCUGGGCUUUCCCUGACUCUGGUGGAAGCGUUGGAGCAAAUAACUGAAAGCAUUCCACCUUUGUUGCCGACCAUCCAGAAUCGGCUGCUUGAAUUUAUCUCAACAAUCCUUUCAAGAUCUCAUCAUUCAAUGCCAAGACAAUUAGCUUCUGUGAGUCGAGGGCAUAUUACAACGGUUACCCCCCAAGUACCAGAACUGAGUGGUUCUGCGCUAGUUCAACUUGCUUUAAGAACCCUUGCUCGUUUUAAUUUCAAGGGCCACGAUCUUCUUGAGUUUGCAUGGGAGUCUGUUGUUGUGUAUUUAGAAGACGAAGACGGAGCUACAAGGAAGGACGUUGCGCUGUGUUGCUGCAAACUAGUAGCAAAUUAUUUCUCGGCGAUCUCUUCUACCCAGUUUAGUCCUAGUAGAAUCAAUCGUACCAGUGGAAAGCGACGUCAUCGGGUUGUUGAAGAGGUUUACUUUUGAACUGUGUCUCAUGGU